UCAGACUAUGACGUACGGCCAUCUCGAACCACGAGAGCUUCACCUUCGUACCUUAGUACGGUAUUUCAUGGGUCAAGCUCCGAAACAGGAUCUGACAACACAGUGGAUGCAUUCUCUCACAUUGCGGACACCAGUCGCCAUCCGCGGCUGCUCUAACGCCUUCUAUACCGUCGAUGCCGUGCCGUGUCGCUUCAUUCCCGGAUAGCCAAGCCAGAACCACAAAGAAGGUGCCAAGCAGCAGCUUCCGAUCAUACCAUGUCUGCAAAUGAUGCAACCGCGCCUGCGCCUGCGCCUAGACCCAAAAGCUCGACUCUCCAGCUGACAGGACGGAGAUCUUCGAGGGAUCGCAUUCGGGAUAUUCUCGAGGGCGCCCGCGAACGAGCCGAGUCCCUCGAUCCCAUUUCAGCGAACGUCAGCCCUAGGCUUCAGCCUCUACUCGGGCCUCGGCGCAGAGCCAGCGACCCCUUCGGUUCCAUCUCACCUCCCGAACUCGCAGACGAUGGACCUGGCGUGGUGACGUCUCAGCCGGAACGGCAACAGAGCAUCAACUAUCAAAGUACGAUUGAGUCAAGCCCGGCAGUACGAAGGAGAUCUGGGCAAAGCAGGAAAACUUCAGGCCAGCAAGGCCAAGCGCCGUUACAGCCACCUGCGCUGGGGGGAGACGAAACUGAGGAACAGCGGCAGGUUGAACCUCGGUGGAAGCGCAGCUUGCGCUACUUCAAAAGCAUCGAGCUCGAGAACAAAGGGAGUGUUGCGCGCGAUCACCUGGCAUUAGAACGCACAUUUCUCGCCUGGCUCCGAACCUCUCUAGCCUUUGCCUCGAUUGGCAUCGCCAUUACACAACUCUUUCGUCUGAACACGUCUUUUGCGGGUGACUCUCAGCGGGCCGAGUCGCUACGGCGCCUGGGCAAACCUCUCGGCACCACAUUCUUGGCCCUUAGCAUCCUGAUCCUGCUCCUGGGAUAUAACAGGUAUCUUCAGGGGCAGUACUGGAUCAUCAAAGGCAAAUUCCCCGCGAGCAGGGGCACUAUUUUGAUAGUAUCGUUUACCGCGUUCGCGGUGACCCUGGCGUCCUUGGUUAUAAUUCUUGUGGUGCAGGGCGACCACCUGUGACUAGCGGGACGUCUUCAAAACAAACCUUUGUCACUACGGCAUCGGGUUGAACGGGCUUGGCUGGGGGUGGGUGUCGAUCUGACUGUGCAGACGCGGCAUGGCAAUGCUCUAUGUGGUGGAUGGAUGAUGAGGG